AUGGCACGCAAAGGUAAAGUCAAGGCUAAGAGCAAGGCUCCUAGCGCAGCCCGCAACAAGACCAACGCCGCCACUUCCAAGCCCGCGAGGCCUUCCGACCUGAUGGCCUAUUGGGUGGACGAAAAUGGCAUCCCGCACAAUCGGCAUAACAACAUGAGCGAAGCGGAAAAGGUCGCAGCCGACGAGGUGGACUACGGCUUCGGAGACGUCUCAUACCCGUCAACUCCGGAGCACCACACAACAUCGACCCGCAUCGACGACUUCCCUUACGACGACCCCGACGCCAUCGACGAGAUUACAGACACCUUAGAGCGAAAGCUCCGCCUCCUGCGCAACUCCUUGCUCGAACAAGUCAACAACCCCGCGUUUGGGAAGAAGCCCACAAGUGAGGAUCCGAUCGCCCAAGCCUUCGCUAACCCGGAACAACCUUUCCCAAUCUCCUUCAUGGCGCAAGAUUUGGUCCGAUUGAUUUUACACCACGCCAGCUUUGCACCGGAAGUGAAGAAGGAGAAGGAGGAGAAGAAGCUUACCAACAAGAACUAUCAAAGGAUGAUCGAUCAGAACACGGAGAAUUGGGUUUACCUGAGGAGUAUACUGGCGGAUCUGUUGCCUGGCAACGACGGACAGAGGCGGGACCGGGCCGAAGUGAUCAUGAAGGAUGUGCUCGAAGAGGAGUUAGUGUGGGGCGCAGACUAGGUGAGGAUACCAUCGGCGAAUGAGCGCAUGCACGAGCUAACAUGUUAGGAAGAUGUCUACGGUGCCUGAU